UGCAAAAUAAAUGAAAAAUACCUUUUGGUCGUUUAUUCCUACACCACGUUUCUGAAUACUGGCCUUAAGAAAUCUAAAAAAGAAAGAGGUAGCUGCUGAUUUCUCACGAGAUUUUUGUCCCAACCUUUCCUCUGGCUGUAAGCCAGUAAGUCCUUUUAUUCUUGUUUUAUAUCUCUCUUCCUCUGACUUUCUAUCUUCCAAUCAAAAUCCUUUCUUUAGAUCUUUUCCUUUCCUCGUUACCUACCUUUUCGGCUUUUGGUAACAUUAUUAAGUAUCAGUAUCUUUUCUCCUCUUUUCUUCAUUCCUUUCCUCAUUUUCUUUUAUCCAAGUACUUUACUACUCCCCAAACAUUAACCUUUUUUAAUCACUCUUUUGCUGAACUCGCUUAUAUCAGUUCUGAUCUGUUCUCCCUUAUUUCUCCAAGUACAACAGAGCUGAAAAAACCCCCGGGAAACACCUUCCAGGUUCGUGGACUUUUCUCCCCUGCUCCAAAACUGAGCUACCCCUUUUGAUGAAAUCUUCGGAAUUGCGGUCACCGUCGGUCUUCUAAGAGACUAGACAAAGCCAGCUAACCACUCGGAGUCUCGCAAGGGCGGGAGAUAUAAGUUAGAGAUGAAUAUCCACACGAGGGAAAACAACCUGCAACAGGGGAAGGGACCGAUCCGUCUGUUCAGUCAAUUCACGGAAACCAUCUGGCGGCCUUUCGUUAAAACAUCAGCUAGAUCCUCAGCUAUACUAAUCGUCUUCGUCGUCUUACUCGUCGGCGCGUUGGUCUCCACGCGUUUGCUUGACACCACUACUUUUGUUGGUGGGUUGGUUCAGAAGCCCAUAACAAGUACAAGAUCUGGAGGUGAAGACCACACAAAGCCUCGAAAGCAAGUAGAAAUCCCACUUAACUGCAGUGCACUUGAGCUCACACGAUCCUGCCCCACAAACUACCCGACAACUUCGGAGGUAGAUCCCGACAGUAAUUUAAAUACUUGUCCAGAUUACUUCCGUUGGAUCCAUGAAGAUCUAAGGCCAUGGGCCUACACGGGGAUCACACUUGACAUGGUGAAGAGAGCCAAGAAAACGGCUAAUUUCAGAUUGGUUGUAGUAAACGGGAGGGCCUAUGUGGAGACGUAUCAUAAAGCGUUCCAGACAAGGGAUGUUUUUACACUCUGGGGGAUCCUACAGUUAUUAAGGAAGUAUCCAGGAAAACUGCCCGAUUUGGAUCUCAUGUUUGAUUGUGUUGAUUGGCCGGUCAUCAAAUCAAGCGACUAUGGUGGGCCCAAUGCCAACACCCCACCUCCCUUGUUUCGUUACUGCAAGGAUAAUGAAACACUGGAUGUCCUUUUCCCGGACUGGUCCUUCUGGGGAUGGCCUGAGAUUAACAUAAAGCCGUGGGUGCUGUUGUUAAAUGAGCUAAUGGAAGGCAACAAAAGAAAGGGAUGGGACGAAAGGGAACCUUAUGCUUACUGGAAAGGGAAUCCCAAUGUUGCCGAAACCAGGCAAGACCUCCUAAAAUGCAACGUUUCAGACAAACAGGAUUGGGGUGCUCGUGUCUAUGCCCAGGAUUGGGGACAAGAAUCACAGCAAGGGUACAAGCAAUCAAACCUGGCAAACCAAUGUGAACACAGGUUUAAGAUCUACGUCGAAGGAUCGGCAUGGUCUGUCAGUGAAAAGUACAUUCUUGCUUGUGAUUCUGUUACCUUACUAGUAAAACCCCGCUAUUAUGAUUUUUUCACCAGAAGUUUGGAGCCAAUGCAUCAUUAUUGGUCCAUUAAGGCUGAUGAUAAGUGCAGAUCUAUUAAAUAUGCUGUUGACUGGGGCAACUCCCACCAGGAAGAGGCACAGGCCAUGGGCAAGGCAGCAAGUGAGUUUAUUAAAAAGGAGUUGAAGAUGGACUACGUGUAUGAUUAUAUGUUUCAUCUCUUAAAUGAGUAUGCUAAACUCUUGAGAUUUAAGCCCACCAUACCUAGAAAAGCUGUUGAAUUCUGUCCGGAAACAAUGGCUUGUCCGGCCGUUGGACUAAUAAAGGAGUUCAUGAUAGAAUCAGUGGUGAAGGGUCCCUCACUUACAAGCCCAUGCACCUUGCCUCCACCUCAUGAUCCGGCAUCCCUUUAUGCCUUGCUUCGUAAAAAGGACAAUUCAAUAAAUCAAGUAGAGGAAUUGGAGAAGAAAUUUUGGGAAAAGCAAAAAUAAGCAGUCAAUUAGGAAAUAAUAUUUCUUUCAUACUUAUACGAACCAGAAGCAGAUUGUAUUCUUACAUCAAAGCUCGGUUAAUUUUCACUUAUGGUCCUUCUUUUGUAGUAAUACUAACAGGAAAAAUAAUACUAAUAAAACAAUGUAUUUCAGUAUCAAUAAUUUAACAUAUUUGGGGUGUUACCAUCAAAUUUUAUGUACGACAUAAUGAAAUUUGUGGCUGUGCUUCAAUAAACUAGAAAAAGGAGAAAGUUCUGGAGA